AUGGCGUUUCUCUUUAAAUCGAAGAAAAAUCAACAUGGGGCUCCACUGCCUCCUGGAGCACGAAAUGUCCACAAUACCGAAGGUGCUCCAGCCGGAGUCGCUGUUCCUACAAACGGUGUCAAGCCAGAAGGAGCGAUCUCUCAAACGCCUACUCCAAGUAGCAGCUAUAACAAUUCCUUACAUUCCGCGGCCAGCCCGACUAGUCCGGAAUCUACUAGGUUGCGAAAGAGAGCGGAAUCGGAGUCUCAGGUUUUUCGUCCGCAGCAGACAUCACAGCAGUCGCAACAAGCGCCUCAGCAACCCCCGAAUGGUGUACCAUCACCAAAUUCAAAUUCGUCACUCUACCCAUGGUCGCAACGCAAACUAGGCUUUUCCUCGACAGAAACCAAUCCUUUCCCCCGAUAUGGCGCCGCAGUCAAUUCCAUGGCAUCUAAAGAGGGUGAUAUAUACCUGAUGGGUGGCUUGAUUGAUGGUUCAACCGUCAAAGGUGACCUGUGGAUGAUCGAAAGCGGCGCAGGUAACCUGUCCUGUUUGCAGGUCAACACGGUUUCCGAUGGUCCAGGUCCUCGCGUGGGUCAUGCAAGUUUGCUGGUCGGCAAUGCGUUCAUUGUGUUCGGCGGUGACACAAAGAUUAAUGAGAAUGAUGCUCUAGAUGAGACGUUAUAUCUCUUGAACACAUCUUCCCGGCAAUGGUCUCGCGCUAUCCCACCGGGCCCUCGCCCAUCUGGCCGAUACGGACACACAUUAAACAUACUUGGCUCGAAACUCUACGUGUUUGGAGGUCAAGUGGACGGGUUUUUCUUCAAUGAUUUGAUUGCAUUUGACUUGAACCAACUCCAGAAUCCUGCUAACAAAUGGGAGUUGUUGAUACAGAACAGCCACGAAGGCGGUCCUCCGGAAGGUCAAAUCCCACCAGCGAGAACUAAUCACACAAUCGUGGGCUACAACGACAAACUGUUCUUGUUUGGAGGAACCAACGGUGUGCGGUGGUUCAACGAUGUCUGGUGUUUUGAUCCUCGUCUCAAUACAUGGUCUGAAAUUGACUGUGUUGGUUUCAUCCCGACCCCCAGAGAGGGCCACGCAUCCGCUUUAGUGAAUGAUGUCAUGUAUGUCUUUGGAGGUCGCACCGAUGAAGGACAGGAUCUGGGCGACUUGUCUGCCUUUCGUAUCUCCACUCGACGUUGGUAUUCGUUCCAGAACAUGGGCCCGGCGCCCUCUCCACGUUCUGGCCACAGCAUGACGGCAUUUGGCAAACAAAUCAUCGUGAUGGCAGGUGAGCCAAGCUCAGCACCAAGAGAUGCCGCCGAACUCAGCAUGGCCUACAUUCUGGACACUUCCAAGAUAAGGUAUCCUAACGAAACUCAAUCUGGGGAACGUGGUGCCAUUCUUGGUGGCCGCAAAACCAGUGUUGAGAAACAUGGACCUGUUUCUGGCCGCACAUCACGAGAGACCCAUAGCGCAACUCCCGACCAAUAUCUACGCCGAGGUCCCACCCCAUCACGAGAAAGUUUAAUCCAGUCGGCAGUCGGCAGACCUGGAGAGUAUGGGCCCAAUCCUAAUCUUGGACCAGGUUCUCGUCUCCCACGAGCCUCAAUUGCUCAAGCGCCUGCUGGGCCCCCUCCUCCGGGGCAGGCUCCAUCGCCGGGUCCUCGGGCCAAUGGGCCUCAGACCGGCAGCAUGAAUUCACGCAGCAAAACACCCACCAAAAUUGAUCGUGGAUAUACAGGUACUGUGGACGUUCGCGCAGCAAACUCGGAUGAACCACCCAUGGCCAAGGACCCGCAGGAUUCUCAAAUUACUAACGGCCAACGAACUCCCCCACCUCAGAGAAUGUCGGCUAAAGCUAUGGAAGCUGGGGAGGCUGCUCCCUUGAUUACCACCCCUUCCCGUCAGCGUUCGGGACGUUCGAAUAGGCAGCGUGGCUCAAUGGAUAGUACAGAGGAGUCUAUCCUUGGCCGCCAAACUAGCAUCGACGGUUCAAACUACCGUAAUUCUAGGAUUCUAGCGAAUGAGCCACAGUCACCCAAAUUGACCCCUCAUCAGGAGGCUUUGAUCAAAGAGUUGGAGGCUUUAAAGGCUCGAAAUGCCUGGUUUGGGUCCGAAUUGUCGCUCGCAAAGAAAGCCGGUUAUGUUCCCAACGUCUCAAGCAGCCCUGUUCUAGGAGAGCGUACAAACGAAAUCCUUCACGAUGAUGAUCGCCCCCUUGUUGAGGCAUUCCUUGCCAUGAGGGCAGAGCUCGCCAAGAUGCAAGCUACGGUUGACCGCCAAGCCGCCAUUGCUUCCAAGCGCAUUGCCGAGGUUGAGCAUCAGCGAGAUGUGGCUGUCAGUGAAGCCGCAUACUCUCGUGCAAAGCUGGCAGCCCACGGUGGUAGCCAACGAGGCACACCACAGCCGGAAGGCUCUCGCGAUCUUGAGGAUAGCGCCGGGGAACGUCCCACUGAUAUGGGACGUCGCCUGGCGUUGGCCUUGGCAUCCCAGUCAGAAUACAAGGCCAAGCUGGAUGUUUUGACGGUUGAACUCCAACAGGAAAAACAAAACAGGGAGUUGGCCGAGGACACAAACGAAGCUACCCGCAAACGCUUGGCAGAGCUCGAAAUGCAAAACAAUGCCUUGGAGGCUGACAAUCUACGUGCUGAACUUCAUCGCGCAGAAUCUUCUGCAAGAGAAGAGGCUUUGCUGCGUGCUGAAGCCGAGGCUUCCUUGCAGCAACUCCUUCUUGACAAAGAGGAGCUUUUGUUGCAUGUCAAAGAAUCUUCUUCACGCCUGAAGGAUUAUGGUUCCAACUUUGGCAACUUCCACGAAGCUGUCAAUGCUUCCGAAGCAAAAACCGCUCUAAUCGAGAAGAAAUUGGAAGAGGAGCGUGAGCGUCGCGAAGGGCUGGAGCGAAAGUUGUUACAACUCCGAUCACAGCAUGAGGAGCAGACCACUGAGUUAGCUAACAUUACACGUCGUUUACGGGACGCGGAAGAGCUAGCGGAGAGCCAUGCCAAAGAGGCUGAAACUCAUAGGUUGGCUUUCAUUUCAGGACUCGAUCGCGCUAGAUCAGCCGAUUUGGAUUCACCCGUCCGAUCCCAUGCUGACAAACGAGUGGCCGCUUUGCAAGCUCAAAUUGAACGAUCUACUACCCUGUCCAAGGCUAACCAAGCUGCAGCUGAUGCAGCAUCAGACAAGCUACGACGCGCCGAGGAACGAAUUGCGGGCUUGGAAGCCUACCAAGAGCAGGCAAGCCGAGAAGGUCUGCAGCUUCGUAGACAGCUUCAGAUCGCCACGAAGGAUACCCAGGUGGCUCACACAGCAAGUAGAGAUCUCCAGUCUCAGCUAGAAAUCCAUAAGCGCGAUGCUAGCGCCUUGACCAUUCAGCAUUCUGCUCUGAAGGAUCUUCUCAGCGAGCGCGGCUUGAACAUCGAUAGUCGACGUUCUCCCCAUCUUGAGUCCCCGGGCUCGAGAUUUGGAACGCCCGAGCAGACCCGCCUGCGCGAACUCGAGCAGCAACUGUCGGCCAGCAUCAGGACCCACGAUGAUCUGAAGUCCACCUUUGAGUUCCGUGAGCAGGAAGCUGAUCGUGCUUUCCGAGAGAAGCUGGAACAACUCGAGAACGAUUAUCAAUCUGCCGUACACUAUGUCAAGGGCACUGAAAAGAUGCUCCAGCGCAUGAAGGACGAGCUGGGCCGUUACAAGGCUCAGAAUGCCAAGAUACAAUCUGAGUUGGACGUCGCUCUUAAGAGCGCAGAGAGUACUGAUGGUCAGAAAGAGGAUUCAUCUGCAUGGGAGACUGAACGAUCUCGACUUGAAAAGUCGAUCUCCGACCUCGAGCAGCACACAUCAUCGUCGAUUGAGAACCUUGAGAACCAAAUCAAGGAGCUAAAGGAGUCACUCGCCGUUGCUGAGACCGAGAAGGCGAAGGCCCAUUCUGAACAUGAGCAGAUCAAGCAAGACCUUCUUGCCGCUGCCGAGAGAAGCCAUACUGAGCUAGAGGCACUGCAGCUCGAAAAUGGUCACCUUGAGACUCGUGCCUCAGAUGCUGAGGAAAAAGUUAACAUGCUUUUGCAGCAGGUGGAGACAUCGGUGGGUCAAUACCGCCGCCAGUCUCAACAUGGCCAUCAGGGUCUGAAUGGUAUUGCACGAACGCACAGCAAUGCCUCCAGCAACACCAUCCAGGGCCGGGCACGAACCGAUAGCAAUGUUUCCCAAGAGUCCUCCGCAUACCCCGACAAUCGUGGUUCUAUGGCUCUUGACUCACUCGCAAAUGAGUUAGAGGCUCUACGUACCCACUGGGAGAGCACCAACCGUAACUAUCGCCUGAGCAGCCAGUUGGACAUGGACCGCACCCCAACCAGGGAUACCAACGAUGGACCUGCCAUGAUGACUGGUAGCCUAGCAGAGUGGCGUCGGAGAUUGGACGAGGAAGAACGAGUCGUUCAGUCUAAACACGUGAGUACUGACAGUGGUCAGACUUCUAAUGUGAUCUGA